UCCACGUGUGGAUAAUAAUGUUGCGUUCAGGACCGCGGGGUUUCACGGUAAUUACUCUGCUUCAAUGGGUUUAUCCAUGAGCCUCUAUCCCGUGACGGUCAUGAGGGUGUUCUGCCCCUCUCUGUUCUCCGGCAAACCCGAGGCGAGAUAUUUGAGGAGGGAAGAAACACAGAGCUAAGGAACAGGUCAUUUUGAGAAGGCAUCCCGACCAACGAGAGGAGCUGCUCCCUGAAAUCGAAUUAUCCAAUUUGAUUAAUGCCGCGUAAUUGUUCAGACGGAAUGCCUCGUGGAGACUUCAACAUUUAUUUUUCCAGCAGCAGGGGAGGAUUUGUCAGAGCUGAGGAGGCACUGGGUAUAGUUCUGCUGGUGGUCAUCCUGGCAGCUCUCCUCAUCAUGGGCUGCUGGUACUUCAAGAAGAGGAGUGGCUACAAAAUAAUCAGGAGCCCUAGAUCGGGGUCUCCACGUCAGACAGAAGUCCAUUUCUCAGAGGCAGGAACUUCAGCAGAUAACAAGAUGGCUCUCACUGAUUUCGGCAGCUUCAAAUCAGCGCUUCCUAAUGCUCCUCCAGCCUACGAAAAGAUGUCUACAGGGCCAAUGCCCCCUCCCUAUUCCCCCUAAAAGGACUUCUAGAAGAUGGAAAGAUGUCUGAAGAAGAAACGAAAAUACUGGACAACAAACUCUAAACUUCAUCCGUAGUCUGAUAGUAUGUCAUUUUAUGUCAC